AUAAGCGAGCAAGUGGAUCCGCCAUGCCAACCUUGAACGUGAGCACCAACGUGCCGGUGGACGCGGUGGUCGCCUCCGACAUCCUCAAGGACUGCACCAGAAUCGUGGCCAAGAUCAUUGGCAAGCCUGAGUCCUAUGUGAUGAUUCUGAUAAACGGAGGAGUUCCUAUUGCAUUUGCUGGAAGUGAAGAACCAGCAGCAUACGGAGAAGUCAUAUCGAUUGGUGGCCUUGGACCUAGUGUCAAUGCAAAGCUAAGUUCUGCACUUGCUGAGAUUCUUGAAGCAAAACUCUCAGUGGAUAGUUCCAGGUUUUACAUCAAGUUCUAUGAUGUACAGCGUUCCUUCUUUGGCUUCAAUGGAUCAACUUUUUGAACAAUGGAUAAGUCGUGGGUUCUACAAUCAACUUUUAAGGAUUAUCAACGUUCAAAGUGUUGUUAACAUAGCCCUAGUUUACGCUGGCUCUGUAUUUACUACUAUACAAUGUGGUAACCUGUUUAAUUGCAUUGUUUGUAAUCUGGAUAUUAUGAACUAUAUCUGAUCUAUAUCAAACUGUGACCACUUCUUGCUUUCUUUUUUGAUUUAAAAUCUAUUAUAUUAAUUGAGCUUCCUCUCCCAAGUUCUGCGGCUUUUCCUAGUCAGCAUUCCUCAUAAAUCUAACAUGAAAUCCUUCUGAAUCUAAUGAAGGCCUUCCAUUCUCAUAUUUCAAUAUUAUUUUCGGAAAUUUCAUAUUUUUUAGCAGGGAUUAAUGUUUUAUAUGAUAAAUUUGGUGCCAACAUUCUGUCUUAUGACCAUUUUAAAACACUCAUUGCCAGUUGCUUAAUUUUGUUCCUGUACCUUGGCAAGGCCUGCCAUAAAAAUACUAGUAAUCAUGGCAAGUGAUGCCUUAGUUCUCCACUUGAUCCUUCAAACUCAAGCUGCAUGAUCGACCAACUGAUGACUGAAUCAGAGGAUGUCCGCUUUACUGUCAUCGGAGAGUGGAGUUAUUAGCUGUGAAAGCAUGAUUGUGUUGUCAUUUGCCGACUACCACAAGUUUGCCUCUGUCAUCAUAGAACUAUCGAGUCGAUGAGAUCAAGAAUCUGAAUUACAGCCCUAAUAUCCACGAGUUUUGAACUCAACAAGAAGCUGGUGAUCUGAUGUCCUGCUUGUGGUUGAGCUGUCAAACUUCAUUGGCAUCAAGACCUGCCACCUGCUUUGAGCUGGCUCUUUCUUGAGCCUCAGGUAUGUAACUAGAAUCAUGGAUGUUAUUGUGGUUGUGUUUGCCUAGUACUUGAGGCUGCAAUUAGUUCAAAGUGGUUUGCCUGCCACCUCUUGUUUUUGCAUACAUGUCAAGGGCCAUAGAUUUGCCAAAUCUAUAUAUCUAUGACAGCCUGAUUCUGCUACUUGGUUGUUGAGAAAUAGAGGAGGAUUUCUUAUCCAAACUAUACUCUUCUACCAUGAUGUUGAGCUCCUCACUUUAUAUAUACAAAUUCUUGGGCCACAAGGUGUUUUAGUCUCACACAAGAGGCAUAACUAUGGCCACACAGGUGUGGCAAUGCCUUCCAACUCCUUCCACCCCUCCGCCAAAUAACCUGUCAGUGUUUGAUUGAUCUGUUUGCUUGACCAGUUCAUAUGUUGAUCAUGCUGCUUCUCUCUUGGAAGCUAAAUCAUAUGAAAAUUUUCUCUGUUUUUAGCUGUUUCUUGUUGACAAGCUAAUGUUUAAUUAGAUGUCAAUCAUUAAUUUCUUCAAACAUAGAUUAGAAAUUUCCUGUUCUCAAAUUUAUUGAUUGUGUGCAUUUUUUUUUUUCUUCUCAAAUAUAGAUUAGAAACAUGGAGUUGGAAAUUAUACAGCUUUGGAAUCUUCAUCUCUAUCCUCUCAUUCUUUAUUGUAUUUUUCUGAUAAGCCCUCACAGGAUGUGCUCUGCCACCUGGGCAAAAGCAAGAUUUGGUCCAUAUCUAUGAAAAAUCUAAAUGUGUCUCAACCACAACUCUUAGAAUCCCAAGGAAAAAUGUAAUUAGAGCACAUCAUUUGCAUUUCAUUUGUGGCCAAGAAUGAACACAAAUUGAGCGGUUGCGUCCAAAGGAAUACUUGAAUCAGAAUCAAUCAGCUGAAAGCAAACGAUUUCCUCCUUUAUAUUCCCCUGUCGUCAUCAUCUCAUGGCUUAAUAGCCACAAUAAGAAUAGUUAAUUCGACGCCCCCCAAAAUAUCUCAGCCAACUCCACUGCUUCUAAUUCUACUUUAUAAGAAGGUGCUGCAAAGAGGCCAUCUAGCGGCAGGAGGGAUGAAGGCUGCGAGGUGGAGGGGCUGCGAGCUCUGCGGCGGUGCGGCCGCCGUGCACUGCGAGGCGGACGCGGCGUUCCUCUGCUGGGCAUGCGACGCCCGCGUGCACGGCGCUAACUUCCUCGUCGCGCGCCACCUCCGGCGCGUCGCCUGCGCCGGGUGCGGCGCCCUCGACGAGGAUCGCCUCCUCGCCGGCGCUGGGUCUCCUCCGGUCCGCUCCCUGUGCAGCGCCUGUGGCCCCGCUGGGUCCGGAUUCUCUGACGACUCGGAAUCGGUCUCCUGCAUCUCCACCGCGGAGUCGAUCGCGGCCGCGUCGGCCGGGCGGCGGGGGCAGGCGAGUGCGGAGGGGGUUCUAGCGAGAAGGGGCGGGCGUGCCGGUCUGGGGAGGCGGCGCGUCGCGGAAGCGGUGCCCGCUGCUGUGGGGCGUCCGAGAAGGGCGUGCCGGGGAACGGCGGAGACGCGCUCGAGGGUGAGCUUGGAGGCGGCGCCGUGGCUCGCCGCGAGGAGGCGCGGGUGGAGAGGGGGCGGCACGCGGGAGGAGGCGAUGCUGAGGAGCUCCAGGGCGGCUUCGGGCGUGCCUGUGGAGCUCAUCGUUCGAGCCUCGACUCGGCUCGCGGGUGCUGCGAUGCGCGCCAGAUCCAUGGCCAUGGAAGAAGGUUGGGCUGAGUGCUAUUAAAAGGCUUCCUUUCUCCUCCUCCUCCUCUUUUACUUCCAGGCUUUGGUAAGUUGGAGGUCUGCAAUGUUAGUAGAAUAUGUGGAGAAAAAGGAAGAAAAAACUGAGAAAGCCUAUAUAAUUGUGGUCAUGCUUUUAGUACCGCAAACAAUAAUGUAUUCAACUGUGCAUUA